CUCACGCCAAUUCUAUUGGCCAUUUGAAGGAGAGGAGGAACAGGUACAACCAUAAGUGUUUAGCAGCUGUCAGGUCUUGUCUAGAACUCAAGUGGGAACUGCUCAAGGUUCAUCUUGCUCCACACUGAAUUGUCAAGUCAUAAGUUAACCAAGAAGCUGAUUUUGAAGAACACUUUCAAUCAUGCAGAAACAGGAUGGAUGUAGAGCCCCUGUGCCCGAGCUACUGGCUCUGCCUUCACAGGAUGCCACACGCCUGCUGGAGGUCUAUGUGAAGCGCAGCCUGAGCCUCAAUGAUGGUGCUGUUGCAAACAGGAAGCCCCAGGUCAAGCUCCGGCGGUCGGGCACUGUGGUGGAGAACCACAGCAGAAUCUGCAGGCAAGAAAGCAAUGCUUCCACACGACCAGCAGCUGCCAAGGUAGUGGCAGAGGUCUCUAGGCCGGCACCCUCCAAGUCAAGUGGGCCUGUCAUGCCGGAGGUCUCUGCCAAGCUGGGUUUGAUGUCCAAGAAGAGUGAAAAGAAAAGGAAGAAGCCCUCAUUCCUGAAGAGCAUCCUGAGCCUAUUCUCCAGGAGGGCCAGUGAGAAAAGUGAAGAAGAGGAGGCCAAGCCGGUGAAAACGGGAGCUGCCGCUGCCACACAACAGAGUUCUUUCACCGCUUCCUGCCUGCCCUUCCGUGGAGGGUUCCAGGACCCCCCAUGUCCCGGCAAGCUACAGAGAAAAGUAUCCUGGAGGAAGAUGUCCUUCAGGGCACGUGCUUGUGAGGAAGCCAAAUUCACCCCUGUGAAGAGACCCACUACCUUGGGCCUCUUUGAUGGAGGACACAAGCCUGAAGUUGUGAGUGUGGAGCCCAACAGCACAUACUACGAAAAGAUGUCAGACGAGCUGGCCAAACUAGUGAGGCGAGUCAAAGAUGAGGGCUAUUCAGUUCCUGAACAAAGUGUGAAGGCAAGGAAGAAUGUGGCAGCUCAAGAAAAGGAGGUGAUUGAGAGGAUCACUGAACUGCUCAAACAAGAAGGAGAUGCCAUCGACGGUGUGCUAAAGGAGAACAGCACCAUCAGCUCCUUCUUCCAGUGCUUGUCCUAUGGCUCUUUCCAGCAGCUGGCAGACCGCUAUGUGGAGGCAGAGACCCCAGAGCCAUUGCCCCCCGAUGCUGGCUGUAAAGAGCUCGUCCACUUUGCUGUCACCCUGGACUUUACUGCCAAAAUGGCCGGACUCUCCAACCAAGCCGUGGGACGCAUUAUGGGCUUUGGGCAGCAGUACCUCCAGGAACGUUUCAUGAGGAUGACCUUUGCUCACAGUGGAGUCCCAGGAAGAACAGGGAUGCAGGCUGCAGUGUCCUCGGGAUACGAGUCCAUGGAAUCUCAAGAGCAAGUGGGAAAUUUUGUCAGCCUGGACUAACGUCACAGUUUCAUUUGAUUUUUUUUGAAGUUCCAUUUAAGCUUUGAUCCAUUCAAAUCUGUUCAUUUUGGAAAAACAAAACUUGACCUGACAAUGGAAGGAGGAAUUACUCCAUCUGUUGUGACCCAUCUUGUGCGAGAAGCAGUUUUCUCUCCUGGAAAUUUGACUGACGUUUUUUUUACUUUACUUUUUUUAUAAAAGAAUAUUUAAAAUUUUACGGAAAUAUGAGGCAAUAUGUCUCAGUGUGACACUGAUGAAAGGAAAGCAAAUAUUUAAUAUUUCAAAAAGUAUGAACUCCCACAGAAGUUACCGAUAACGCAUGAGGCAAAAAGAUCCUGAUCACAAAGAAUUUAAAUACUUUUUCCAAAAUGAUGCAGUAUCAGUACUGUAUUGGUUCUGUAUCAGUACUCUAUCAGUAUUGUAUUGGCUCUGUGUCAGUACUACUGGGAGAAAGGCACGUUGGCACAUUUUUGGAAAGUACACUGAACAGUCAGGUGAACAACCUGUGUAAUAACAAGGUGAAUCAGUAUUUGAAUGCAGGAAAUCGGUGCUGCGUUGGACUUCCUGUAAUUUACAGGAAAGUGUUAUUUUCGACUAUUGUGUCAUAACGUGAUUCACUCUGGUGUUAAAUCUUGAAAUGAUUCCAGAUGUCAGGAAUCACGCAGGCUGACAUGACCUAAGUCUACAAUAACUCUCUACUUGGCUGUGUGUACGCAGGCGUACACAGACUGUACAUGAUUACUACGGGUUUUUAAAAUGAUAGUGACUAAAUUUUAAAAUUUAUGUUUCAUUCCAUUAUUCUUUGUAUCUGUAUCUGUUUAUUUAGAAGCAUUCUGUAAAAAGCUGUCAGAUUUUAUUUAAUUACAUGUAAAAUAUUCCAUGUGUCAUUCUUUUCCAUAGUCUUUUAUUUUUAACUAUUCCAGUUUAAAUUUUU